AUGACGCGGGAAAUUACCAAGGACGAUCUAGCGGCAGCUGCUCGGGUUCGGCCAUUCUGUGCUGUUCAUUUCUUGAUAGAUGGCAAGACUGUCGUCAAAACCGGAGAGAACACUCGCCUGGCUGAAGCCAACACCAUGAGGUUCAUCCGUGAGAAUACGAAUAUCCCCGUCCCAGAGGUCUAUGACGCAUAUACGCAUGACGAAACCGGCCAUAGGCAUGACCAAUACUUCGAUGAUGAUAUUGGGGGCUAUGGACCGUACUCUACGGAAGAAGGUUUCAACCAGGGUUUAGUGCGGGCAUGGACAAAGGGGCGGGAGGACGAUAACUUUAUACGAUUCCUCUGCAAAACUCUACUUCACACGAUGCAGGGCCAUGAGUUCGUUAUGACUCAUAAUGACUUUGCGCCUCGUAAUAUUCUUGUCCGUGGAUCUCAAGUUGUGGCUAUUUUGGACUGGGAGCUCUCUGGUUAUUUCCCCGAGUACUGGGAGUUUGCAAAAGCACUUUGGAGGCCUGCUUGGGAUAGUCCUUGGAUGAAGGAUGAUCUUGUUGAGAGGGUUCUUGACCCAUAUUAUCAGCAAGCUUCUCUUAUUCUGAAUACAUCCUAUACUAUUUGGUAA